ACGAUUUUUAUCGUUGCAGGGGUGAAACACACAGAGAGACACGCAUAUGGCAAGCAGCGGCCGUGGCGCUCGAAAGAACAAUUUCAAACCCCUCAACUCGCGAGAGACCCGUGCGAGAGAGCAAACCGUGAAUUCGUGAAGCAGCAGCAGCAGCUAGCAGCAAAAGCCGGCUGAGGUCGGGAAAAGUGCGUGCGUUCCAUUGCGGGAUUUGCAGUGGAAAAUCCUUUCGGACUUCUUACGGUCGCGCGCGCGACCCCGACUGCUGACGACACUUGUGGGUUUGAAAACUAUUUUUCCUACGGCCCACAGUAGGCUGAUAGGCGUUCCUGCUUUUCGGAAGCAAAAGUGUGCGCGUGUGUGUUAAGGUUUUUCACGGAAAACGGAAACUCGAAACCAGCCCGUGGGAGGUGCCGAUCGAGCACGGGCGGUUAGGUGUGGACAAAAAGUGGCUCACAAUAUCGCAUUACGGUUGAAAAAGGGGUUGUACGGGAAAAUCACUUUUCCCUGGCGCGCCCUACACAACACCAUUCGUGUGAAAACGUGUUUCGACAGGGGUUGCUUUGCUCGGUGGAUUCGUCGAGAGGUAGCAGAAGGAAAAAAGCGGUAUGCAAAACGUACCAACAAAGCAGCACACAGCAGUGUCGCCAUUUGACGAAGGAGGGCGUUAAUAGGAUUGUGUGUGUCACGGUUAGCUGCCCCUCUGUGGGCACCACAAACGCGCCACAGCGAAGGAUAAUCGUAAGACGACGUUAAGCAGCUGGCCAGGAAAGGAUCACUUUGGUGCAUUUCCGUCGAUAAAGUUCGCGGUAUUCUUCUUCCCAUCCGAGCGGCGCCCGUGUGUGUCAAACCGCGCUGCUGCUGAAGCGAAAGAGCGAACAUUUGGGUGUGUGUGUGCGUGUGUGUGUAUGUGAGUGCGGCUUGCGGUGGCUGACGGCGUGCGGACGUACCUACUACGUACACAAGCAAACGGGCAGCGCAGCGCCGCAGUGGUGGUGUAGUGUUUUGCCAGCCAACAUCCGAAACGACCACGACGACCACGACGACCACGACACAACGACGAAGACAACGGCACCACACAUCAAGGCGCAUCUCAACCGUUCAAAACAUCAACAAUGACAACGGCAAGUGAUGGGCAGCAGCAACAACAGCAGCAGCAGCAGCAGCAGUCAGAUCCAAAGAUGUCACGGUUGCUGAAGCUUGCCCACAAGUUCAACUGCUUCUAUCUGAACGGUUUCAUGAAAGGCGACUGCCGCCCGUUCGUCGUCGACGGCCAUCAGGUUGGACUGGUCAGCCAGAAUGUGAUCGAGCAGCUGCUCAAGUAUCCCGAAGUAUUUCACGUCCGUGCACCGGAGCAUGGCAAGCAGAACAUCGUCGAAUUGAAUCCAGCGUUUCGGGAUUACAACACGCGCUCGGAGCAGGUGGAAAGGAUACUGCGCGAGUUCCGGGAGCAGGGCAUGUUUGUUGCGCUGAAAGGAUGGCGCGAUGAGUGCUACGACGUCAAGUCGUCCACCGGCUCGCUGCUGAAGAUGGACCGGUCGGCCACGUGCCUGUUCGGGGUGCGCAACUACGGCGUGGAGAUUAACGGGUACGUGCGCCACCCGACCAAGGGCCUCUGCAUCUGGCUGCAGCAGCGCUCCGACACCAAGCAGACGUGGCCCGGCAAGUGGGACAACAUGGUGAGCGGCGGGCUGGCGGUCGGGUUCGGUGUGCUCGAGACGGCGAUCAAGGAGGCGGCCGAGGAGGCCUCCAUACCGGGGCAUCUGAUAAAAAAUCUCGUAUCCGCCGGGUGCGUGUCGUUCUUCUUCGAAAGCGAACGGGGCCUGUUCCCCAACACCGAGUUCGUGUACGAUCUCGAGCUGCCCGAAGACUUUGUGCCUGACAAUUCGGACGGCGAGGUGCAGAACUUUCAGCUGCUGCCGGCCCACGAAUGUCUCGAGCGUGUGUUUAUGCCCGACUUCAAAACCACCAGCUGUCCGGUGGUGAUCGAUUUUCUCAUCCGCCAUGGUAUUAUUACGCCGGAAAAUGAAUCAAACUUCACACAAGUGAUCGAGUUGCUGCACGUUCCGCUGCAAAGCUUGUACACCUAUCGUACAACGACAACCACGCCAAAUGAUGGAGAGGCCAACGCCACUGCGGCAACAACGAAUCAGCGAGAUCUUAGCAGCAGCAGCAGCAGCAUCAACAAUGUUAAAAACAGUAUCGAAAACGCAUACAAUGCUUAUCAAUGCAUAAUUGAAUUUAAAAAAAAAUACAAGAAGAUAAGCCACAUUUAUAGGUUAACAGACACACACACACUCGUACAGCUGCAGUGGCUGCAGUGAACAGGAAAAGAUAUACCAAAAUUCAACAUGUUAUCCAAGAUAAUUCAGAGCAGCGUACACUAAAGCGAAGGUUUAAUUGCAACAAAAAAAACGCUUACAUGCGUCCCUUAACUCACACACAGAUGUAUUAAACCAGCAAGAGGGAGGAUGUUUUAGUGCCCUUUCAUCACAUCAAAACGUAAUGACAAUGUGUGUUUUAUUACUAAUUAAGUUAAAACCCCUUUUCACCUAAUCAAACGGGGGCUCUUCACGAAUCGCUAAUAAGAAUCAGAAGAUACACUGAAUAAUCACGUCUGGCCAAAACACCCCCCAGCAGCAACAACAACAACAACAACAAAAGCAAGCAAUCAAUUAGUCGUGUUAAAUAAGCAAGAAAACAAUCGUGCAUAAUCACGCGUGUUACGUUCUUCGGUAUUAUUAUGUCCAAUCAGAACACAUCCGACGUAAAACUAGGCCUUUUACACACUGUUGGUUUGUCAUUGUAUUACCGUUUAACAAUCGUUUCUGAUUAUUUAGAAUCACGUGUUGCGGCGCGCGCGCAUCUGUAACGUUGAUUGGUUUAGCGUUAGCUUUUAAGGAUGUGUGUAGCGUUUAAAAAAACAAAAGAAAAACGUACGGUGAAUUAAAAGUAGGACCAUGGAGUAGGUAAUUUGAUGGAAACGGAUAGAGAGCGGAGCGAUAGAGAAGACAACAUUCGAAUGAACAAGUUGAAUAGAUAGGUAAAAUGGAACUUUUUGCAUUCACAGAUUUGGUUAUAAUUUUUUUUUGUGCAAAACACGACAACCACAGGCGGAAGCGCAUCUGUGUUCGGUCAAACUGUUCGACUUACUAACUUCACUGUGCCAUCAUCAGCCCUCUCAGAGCUUUACACGACCUGACCAAGACUUUUACUAACCCACACCUAACCUCUCCAAUCCGCAACACACAUGACGACGAACACAACAUGAUCGCAUCACAUUCACUGCUCGCUCCGUUGCUGUGAAAAGACACAGCUUAAUUUUUAAGCGCUUACAACGUCUUAUAACUGUAUUAUUUAUAGUUACGCACAGAUAUAUACGUAUGUGUACCGUGUACCGUUUACAACAACUUGUUCCAUUCGCAUCAUACAAAAAAACUGUGGAACAUUCGCGUC